UUCUUUAAAUUUAUCAUUAUCUGCUCCUUGGAUUUGUGAAAUUAUUUGGGAAUCAUUAAUUGAACAAAUUCUUGUUUUAACAAAAAUAGUUGAUCAAUAUGCCAAUUUUUUGAAGAAGACCAAUGAACGUAUGCAUGAAAUUCACUAUAAUAGUGCACCAGCUAGAGAUCCUAGCAUAAAUCUAAAAGUAUAUACUAUAGAUGUUAGUUCUGAUAAUAUAAAAGAAGUUUAUAAAGAGCUAUCAAAUGUUUUAAGUUUUAAAGAUGAAUAUGAUUUUAUAAAUAUGAAACAUUAUUUACCAAAGGAU